GCCAGACUCCUCCUUAUCUCCAGUGUCAAACUUGACAUCAGCUUGCUCGCGGAGCAUGGUAACUUCUCCAGCAAUCACAGCGCUCCCCCUCACAUCAGUGGCAUGCUUCAUGGAGAUAUGCUCCUCUCACUGCCCUCUGCACCAGCAACAUGGACUGUCACCUCUCCAUCCUCCUCCUGCUCGGCUGCUCGCUUCUCAGCUGCUCCGGGGAACUGAUCCCUCAGCCUUCCAAUGAAGUCAAUCUGCUAGAUUCAAAAACAAUUCAAGGAGAGCUGGGCUGGAUAUCCUAUCCAUCGCACGGGUGGGAAGAGAUCAGUGGUGUUGAUGAACAUUAUACACCCAUUAGGACAUACCAGGUGUGCAAUGUCAUGGAUCACAGUCAAAAUAAUUGGCUGAGGACAAACUGGGUCUCCAGGAACUCAGCUCAGAAGAUCUAUGUGGAGCUCAAAUUCACCCUCCGGGACUGCAAUAGUAUUCCAUUAGUUCUGGGAACUUGUAAAGAGACUUUCAACCUGUACUACAUGGAGUCUGAUGAUGACCAUGGUGUCAAAUUCUGGGAGCAUCAGUUUACCAAGAUCGACACCAUUGCAGCUGAUGAAAGCUUCACCCAGAUGGACCUUGGGGACCGUAUUCUGAAACUCAACACUGAAAUUAGAGAAGUGGGUCCUAUCAGUAAAAAGGGAUUUUACUUGGCCUUUCAAGAUGUGGGUGCUUGUGUGGCCCUGGUGUCUGUGAGAGUAUAUUUCAAAAAGUGUCCAUUUACAGUGAAGAACCUGGCUAUGUUUCCAGACACAGUUCCCAUGGACUCACAGUCCCUGGUGGAGGUGAGGGGCUCCUGUGUCAAUAACUCCAAGGAGGAAGAUCCUCCCCGGAUGUACUGCAGCACUGAAGGAGAAUGGCUAGUACCCAUCGGCAAGUGUUCAUGCAAUGCUGGGUAUGAAGAACGGGGUUUCAUGUGCCAAGCUUGUCGACCAGGCUUCUAUAAAGCUUCGGACGGUAAUGCGAAGUGUGCUAAGUGCCCACCUCACAGUUCCACUCAAGAAGAUGGUUCAACGCACUGCAGGUGUGAGAAUAAUCACUUCCGGGCAGACAAAGACCCUCCAUCCAUGGCUUGUACCCGACCUCCGUCCGCACCCAGAAAUGUUAUCUCUAAUAUCAACGAAACCUCAGUAAUCCUGGAGUGGAGCUGGCCCCUAGACACAGGAGGCCGGAAGGAUAUCACCUUCAACAUCAUAUGUAAAAAAUGCGGGUGGAACGUCAAGCAGUGUGAGCCUUGCAGCCCACACGUCCACUUCAUCCCUCGACAGUUCGGACUCACCAACACCACGGUGACAGUGACUGACCUCCUUGCCCACACCAACUACACCUUUGAGAUCGAUGCCGCUAACGGAGUGUCAGAGCUGAGCUCCCCACCAAGACAGUUUGCUGCCGUCAGCAUCACAACCAACCAGGCAGCGCCAUCACCUGUCAUGACAAUUAAGAAAGAUCGCACCUCUAGAAACAGCAUCUCUUUAUCCUGGCAAGAACCUGAGCAUCCAAAUGGGAUCAUAUUGGACUAUGAAGUCAAAUACUAUGAAAAGCAGGAACAAGAGACAAGUUAUACCAUUUUGAGGGCAAGAGGCACAAAUGUGACCAUCAGUAGCCUCAAGCCUGAUACUACAUACGUAUUCCAGAUCCGAGCCAGAACAGCAGCUGGAUAUGGAACCAACAGCCGCAAGUUUGAGUUUGAAACAAGCCCAGACUCUUUCUCCAUCUCUGGUGAAAAUCACCAAGUAGUGAUGAUUGUCAUCUCUGCCACUGUUGCGAUUAUCCUCCUCACCGUUGUCAUUUAUGUUCUGAUUGGGAGGUUCUGUGGCUAUAACAAGUCAAAACAUGGUGCUGAUGAAAAGAGACUUCACUUUGGGAAUAGUCAUUUAAAACUUCCAGGUCUCAGGACUUAUGUUGAUCCACAUACAUAUGAGGACCCUACACAAGCAGUUCACGAGUUUGCUAAGGAAUUGGAUGCCUCUAACAUAUCCAUUGACAAAGUUGUUGGAGCAGGCGAAUUUGGAGAGGUUUGCAGUGGUCGCUUAAAACUGCCUUCCAAAAAGGAGAUUUCCGUAGCUAUCAAGACCCUGAAGGUGGGCUAUACAGAAAAACAAAGGAGAGAUUUUCUGGGAGAAGCAAGCAUCAUGGGGCAAUUUGACCACCCCAAUAUCAUUCGACUAGAAGGAGUGGUUACAAAAAGUAAGCCAGUUAUGAUUGUCACAGAAUAUAUGGAGAAUGGUUCUUUGGACAGCUUCUUACGUAAACAUGAUGCCCAGUUCACAGUCAUUCAACUUGUGGGGAUGCUUCGUGGGAUAGCGUCUGGCAUGAAGUACCUGUCAGAUAUGGGAUAUGUUCACCGUGACCUGGCUGCUCGCAACAUCUUGAUCAAUAGUAACUUAGUGUGUAAGGUCUCUGACUUUGGACUCUCACGGGUUCUAGAGGAUGACCCCGAAGCUGCGUACACAACCAGAGGAGGGAAGAUUCCAAUUCGGUGGACGUCACCAGAAGCAAUUGCCUACCGCAAGUUCACAUCAGCCAGCGAUGUGUGGAGCUAUGGGAUUGUUCUCUGGGAGGUGAUGUCUUAUGGAGAGAGACCGUACUGGGAGAUGUCCAAUCAGGAUGUCAUUAAAGCUGUGGAUGAGGGCUAUCGUCUGCCACCCCCCAUGGACUGCCCAGCUGCUUUGUAUCAGCUGAUGCUGGACUGCUGGCAGAAAGACAGAAACAACAGACCCAAGUUUGAGCAGAUUGUCAGCAUUUUAGACAAGCUUAUCCGGAAUCCUGGCAGUCUGAAGAUCAUCACCAAUGCGGCAGCAAGGCCAUCUAACCUUCUUCUGGACCAAAGCAAUGUUGACAUCACUACCUUCCACACAACAGGUGAUUGGCUUAAUGGUGUUCGGACAGCACACUGCAAGGAAAUCUUCACCGGUGUAGAGUACAGCUCCUGUGACACCAUUGCCAAGAUUUCCACAGAUGACAUGAAAAAGGUCGGUGUUACUGUGGUUGGGCCACAGAAAAAGAUCAUCAGUAGCAUUAAAAUUCUGGAAACUCAAUCUAAGAAUGGUCCGGUUCCAGUGUGAAGUUCUUGCAGGAAGUGGGUACUGUGGACCUCUUAUUCUGCAGACAGAGGACAGCGCCAGAGAUACUGGUGGAAAUUCCAAGUUUAAAGGGACACUCAGAUACCAGUACAAAUGCCUUAAAAUGGAAAUGAGAAUCUCUUUUAUUUUCCCCUAUCUUUUACUGGACGGGUGGGUGGGUGUGUUUUCUUUUGUAAUUGCUUUUUUAAAUGCUAGUUGAUGGGUUCAAAUAAAAUUUCUCGCCUCACAAUGGAAGAGCUAGUAUAGAGCCAUUGAUCAUAAACUAUGAUAGGAUUGAAACAAGGGAAGUAGCAAAAUGGAUACGAUGGCUUAGUUUACAAAUAGCCACAAAAGAAAAGACUUGUGAUAUUUUUAUACACAGAAGAAAUCUGCAACAGGUAUUUUGUUUCUUUAAUAAACAAGCAAAAUAGAGGAAUGUAUACCUCAAACUAUCUGGCCAUAUUUACUACCUUAACAUUUUAGUAUUCUCUUUUAUCUGUUGAAAGCAUAGAAAUAUGAUGUUUGUAGCUGUUUUAAGUACCACACAUUUUUAAUUGUUAGCUUUAAGUGUAAAAAUUGUCUUAAUUUUUGAAAAAGUGCAUAUUUAUUUUCUUUUGAAUUGUUUUUAUUAUUUUAUAUUUAUGCCUUCUUUUCAUUUGGAUUUUUGUUACAGCCAUGUGCAGUGCCAAAUGCUUUCCCAAGCUGUUAGCAGUAGGAAACAUGUUUAACUGGACACAGAGAAAGAUGGCUUUCCCUCCAUAAAGUUUGAAUCAUCCACUUAUAUCAGAAAUAUAAAUAAAUGCUUUUCUUUCAUACAAUCACCAAACCUCUCAUACUUUGAAUAAUCCCAUUAAUUUUUGUCUGUCCAUUGAUAAGAACCCACAUGCCCUUGACUUAAUAUAUAUAAUGCACUGGCUUGUAUGUAAUAGAUGUUUACCCAGAUGUUAUGCCUUUCCUACUCUGGUGCUAAGAGGCUAUUAACUGCCUCCACUCCUGAAGAGCAGUGUUAGAGCUCCUGAGAAUAGCUACACUGGAAAGGACUGAAAUGUUGUUUGAAUUGUUACAUCAACUGACAACAGCUGUAGACCAAGGCAUGAGUCAAAACUGUACGGACCUUGAAAGUCACUUAGUAUCAUUGCUUGAACUGGCCAGACUAAUUUUAGAGAAUGAUGAUAACAAACUAUUCAUCUGUGUCACUGAGUUUAAGUA